AUGCCGGCCCGAUCCAACACAUCCUCUUUCGAGGGAAGCAUGACCUCGGGUAGUGGCUCUAGUAUUGGCCCUCAAACACAAGUCUCCGACACUCUCGGACGCUACCUCAACGCCGCCACAAACAUCUCGGGGCGUAUCGCACGAGGAGAAUUCCAAAGCAAGAAAGAGCAUGAAGAAAGGGCCAGGAGGGCCAUCGCCGAGUUUAACAGAGUCGUCAAGAGGGACAGUUAUUCAAAGAGUACUCUCAUGGGAGAAGCACGUCCCAGUGGCACCGCCCAUGGUGCAAAAAGAAGCGAGAUUCGCUCAUCUGAAAAUACCUUUAUCCCUUCACUGCCACCACCACCACCACCACCACCACCACCAGAACUAGUUUCUACUCGUCCAGCGUAA